AUGCAUAACUGCUGGAAGGACGCAGAAAAUGCUCCGCUGAUCUCAGCUAAUGUCAACUGCAGCUGUCGUCUAUUUGCCGUGUGGAGAAGAACGGAGUGGCGUGGAGGGAAACUUUGGUGGAAGAAAGGUCAGGUGCGGAUUUCUGAUUCGAAGCAAAUGAAGUUGUCGAAGCUAAUCGUUCUGCAGUCUGCACUAGUCGCGUACUGGCAGGUGGAAGGAUAUGGCAUGUAUCGAUGUGACGGGGUAGAGGUAGCGAAUGCUAUUUCUUCUGUUACUUUGGGACAUUCCGUUGCUUGGGCCUUCAAGUCAAGUAGUUUGUCAAUCUGUCAUCACGGAAAUGCAGAAAACAAGUGCGUUCCAAGUAGUUUAAGAACAGUUGUCUGCAAAUGUUGGCAACGUGUGUAUUGGGUUGUUUAUGGGGCAGGAAUCAUUCAUCUCUAUCAGAACCAUAAAUAGUU